GGACACUGGGCCUCUGUGUGCCAGCCGCAGCCGUUGGCUGGCGGGCGCCCAAUCCUGGGCCAUGUCUCCUGAGCUUAGCCAGGACGCCCGUUGAAAGCCGAGUUUGGUGGAAAGCUUGACCCCAGGCUACCAACAGCAGCCGGCAUCGGGAGCCCAGGCGGUCAGGCCUCUGUGAUCGGAGCUCGCUGGGCUGCAGCACCUGGCUGCGUCGGGGUCCCCCAUCCCAGGUACAGAGGGACAGAGGAGGCAUGGCUUCGGUGUUCAUGUGUGGAGUGGAGGACCUGGUGUUCAGCGGCAGCCGCUUCGUGUGGAACUUGACCGUGUCCACGCUGCGGAGAUGGUACACCGAGAGGCUGCGGGCUUGCCACCAGGUGCUACGGACAUGGUGCGGGCUGCGGGACGUAUACCAGAUGACAGAAGGCAGGUACUGCCAGGUUCUUCUCCUGGAUGACAGACGGCUGGAGCUGCUCGUGCAGCCCAAACUUUUGUCAAGAGAAUUAUUGGAUCUAGUAGCUUCGCAUUUUAACCUGAAAGAAAAGGAGUACUUUGGGAUAACAUUUAUAGAUGACACAGGUCAGCAGAACUGGCUUCAAUUAGAUCACCGAGUUCUUGACCAUGAUUUGGCCAAGAAACCAGGCCCAUCCACUUUGCACUUCUCUGUGAGGUUUUACAUUGAAAGCAUAUCGUUUUUAAAGGAUAAAACUACUGUGGAACUGUUUUUCCUGAAUGCGAAGUCCUGUGUGCACAAGGGGCAAAUCGAAGUAGACAGCGAAACCAUCUUCAAGUUAGCUGCGCUUGUUCUACAGGAAGCCAAAGGGGAUUAUACCAGUGAUGAAAAUGCCAGGAAAGAUUUAAAGACACUACCAGUCUUUCCAACCAAAACUCUUCAGGAGCACCCAUCCCUUGCUUACUGCGAGGACAGAGUCAUUGAACAUUAUUUGAAAAUCAAAGGUCUGACUCGUGGCCAAGCUGUGGUUCAGUAUAUGAGAAUAAUAGAAACUCUACCAACAUAUGGAGUCCAUUACUACGCAGUAAAGGACAAACAAGGAAUUCCUUGGUGGCUUGGAAUCAGCUAUAAAGGAAUCGGCCAGUAUGAUUUACAAGAUAAAGUGAAGCCUCGGAAAUUAUUCCAAUGGAAACAACUGGAGAACUUAUAUUUCCGUGAGAAAAAAUUUGCUGUUGAAGUUCAUGAUCCACGAAGGAUUUCGGUGUCAAGAAGAACUUUUGGGCAAAGUGGCCUCUUUGUGCAAACGUGGUAUGCAAACUCUUCUCUCAUCAAAUCCAUCUGGGUAAUGGCAAUUAGUCAACAUCAGUUUUACUUGGACCGGAAGCAAAGCAAAGCAAAAAUUCCCUCAGCCAGGAGUUUAGACGAUAUUGCAAUGGAUUUAACAGAGACAGGAACACCAAGGGUCUCCAAGCUGGUAACAAUGGAGGGGAAAAGUCAGUUCAUCAUGGCAAGCAACGGCAGUUUAAUCUCCUCAGGUUCUCAAGACUCAGAAGUGAGUGAGGAGCAAAAGAGAGAGAAAAUCCUUGAACUCAAGAGGAAAGAAAAGCUGUUACAAGAGAAACUCUUGAAAAAAGUCGAGGAGCUUAAGAAAAUCUGUUUGCGUGAAGCUGAGCUCACAGGCAAAAUGCCAAAGGAGUAUCCGCUGAACGUAGGUGAAAAGCCUCCGCAGGUCAGAAGACGCGUGGGCACAACGUUCAAAUUAGAUGACAACCUACUGCCGAGUGAAGAGGAUCCUGCUUUGCACGAAUUGGAGAGCAACUUCAUAAUACAGCAAAAGCUAGUUGAAGCUGCCAAGAAACUUGCUGAUGAGCCAGACCUUUGUAAAACGGUGAAGAAAAAGCGAAAACAAGACUACACAGAGGCAGUGAAAAAGCUUCAAGAGAUUGAAAAUGCAAUAAAUGAAUACAGAAUUCGAUGUGGAAAGAAACCCAGCCAGAAGGCAACCGCUACUUUACCAGGUCGAGAAUUGCUGUCGACACACAGCAGUCCUUACAAGACCCUGGAGAGGCGGCCACAGGGAGGACGCAGCAUGCCCACCACGCCAGUGCUCACCCGGAAUGCCUAUAGCAGUAGUCACUUGGAACCUGAAUCUUCGUCUCAGCACUGCCGCCAACGGAGCGGAAGCCUCGAGUCUCAGUCCCACCUGCUCGCUGAGAUGGACAACGAUAAGCCAUUCUUCUCCCUCUCCAAGUCCCAAAGAAGUAGUAGCACCGAGGUCCUUGAUGAUGGGUCUUCCUACACCAGCCAAUCAAGCACGGAAUAUUACUGCGUCACGCCAAUUGCUGGUCCGUAUUAUACCACCCAGACUCUGGACACGCGGGCCAGGGGUCGGAGAAGGUCCAAGAAGCAGAAUGUUUCGACUUCAAAUUCAGGUAGCAUGCCUAACCUAGCACAGAAGGAUAGCCUGAGGAACGGCGUCUACUCCCAGAGUCAGGAGCAGCCUUCGUCCAGUUAUUACAUUGCGGGCUACACGCCGUACACAGAGUGUGAUCUUUACUACAGUGGUAGCUAUGUCUAUGAAAAUGACACUGAGGGACAAUACAGCGUUAAUCCUUCCUACCGGUCCUCUGCCCACUAUGGAUAUGACCGCCCAAGGGACUACAGCAGGUCAUUUCAUGAAGACGAGAUGGACCGGGUACCCCAUAACCCAUAUGCUACUCUCCGGCUGCCACGGAAGGCGGCGGGAAAAUCCGAGCACAUCACCCAAAAUAUCCGCAAGGCCUUAGUUGCAGAGCACCUGCGUGGCUGGUACCAGCGUGCCUCUGGGCAAAAGGAUCAGGGCCACAGCCCACAGACUAGCUUUGACUCGGACAGGGGAUCACAGAGAUGCCUGGGGUUUGCUGGGCUGCAAGUACCUUGUUCACCAAGCAGUCGGGCAUCAUCCUACUCUUCAGUGUCUUCCACAAAUGCUUCUGGGAACUGGAGAACCCAGAUAACCGUAGGACUAGCCGACUAUGAGACUCCGGCACGUUCUCCUUACACCAGCUGCUACGGCAACAUGUACAAUCCUUUGCCCUCUCCAAACAGACAGUACACAGAGGCCAGUCAACUGGACAGUACAGAUGGGAACCGACUGGGGGACAGUCUGGAAGAUAGUGAGCAGAGGCUCUUUUGGCAUGAAGAUUCAAAGCCUGGAACAUUAGUCUGA